GGGGGGGGGGGGGUGCAGUUAAGGGUAACCCUAUAAGCGCUUAUAAAGAUAUUGUAGGUACACGCCAAAAUCAUAAUGUCCACAAAUAAUAAACGCUGCGGUCCACGCAAACUACAAUGGGUCACUCGGAGCGCCACACCUAGACACGCCUGUGGGAUGGUCAGAAAUUACCCUUCCAACUCAACCAUCUCCUGGCACAGAAAGCAGACUGUCUAUAAAAUACUUGCGGGCAGACACCCAAACUAAAAGUAUUUGCAUUUUGGUUUGAUCCCAUUUAUUUCCAAGUGUCACUUACUCUGUCUUAUUCCGUCAUUUCAACUCAUGUAAACAAACCGUUCCACUACUUUUGGUGUGUGAGGAGAGUAAAAGACGUUAAUUUCUUACAAAUUCAGAUACAAUAUGGCAACUAUUACACAUUACACAGGAAUCGUGUCGACACUUUUCUGUUAAUAAUCUUUUAGACCACUGUUUUAAAACACCUGAUUUACUCUCAGCUGUUUGAUACUCUGUGUCAGUACUUUCACACACCAUUACCUUUCGUUUAUACCUAAAAUUUAUCAGGUAAUUAGAGGAAUAGGAGGAAUAAGAGAGGUCCAUUCCUUCCCGUGUCCUCUGUUUUAAAGCAGAUAUUCAGAUUCAAACGGACAUUACAGGCGAUCAGCAUUAUUGGAGAACUGGAACAAACUGAAUCGCAGUCCCUCCGGUAGCUGUGCCACAUAAAAGUAAGAAUAAUGCAUGUUCCGCUGGGGAGGAUUGUUGUCAGAAGACAAACAAAGAGGUUUUUUAAAAAAUGCGUUUAUUAUCGAAAUUAUUCUGGAAUUUCCUAGAUUCAGCAUUUAAAGUCUUUUUAGCGAGUGUUUACUAACACGGUUAACAUAUUACACAACCAGUAUUAGCACGCUUUAGGUUUUUUUCUUCUCGUUUAGAAAAGCCCCCACCUCCCAGUUUUCUAACUUUUAAAUCAUCCGCUCCAUCUCUUUCCGACAAAACAACCCCCGCGUACGUUCAAAGAGUCACUUAUGGCCCCGACACAAGUUAGUUAUUAGCGGCAAAAGAAAAUAUCUGAGAAAUGUGGGACAGUCAGAGUAGUAAUGAAAGAAAGAAAAAAAGGGGGGGGUGGAAAAGUGGAACAUCGGUGUUUACCUUGUAGAUGCUCGCACGCUAUUGGCCGACGCGCCUGUCCGUCAGGGGCGGGGGCGGGGCCGUGCGGCUCGCGGUGAUCCCAGUCACCCCGCGGUGCCGAGCCUCCGGCUGACAUUCGGCACGCUGCCACUGCGGGGGACGCGCACAAUCCGGACCGCGCACUGCUCAACCCGGGACCGGCAAACGCCAGUGAGGGGUUGCCGGAAGACGCAGGGGGGAUCCGCUCAAGCGUCCUGAAGUUUACCGGCGUGUUGUUUCAUUUUGUACUGUGACUAAAAGCUCCAUGUAGAAGUUUAUGAAGUGACGAACUUUCCUAUUACCUUCCCUGAUCUUUUCUUUAUUAUUACUUUAUUGCCUGUUUUUUUUUUGUUGCGACUUCGGAGAUCUAUGCGACUUCUGGCUUUCCGUUGCAUUUGCUUUUAAGAUGGCAGAAGCCCCGCCGCAGCGGCAGCUCGUCGAGAUCGACCCGGAGUUCGAGCCACUUUCGCGUCCCCGUUCCUGCACCUGGCCGCUUCCUCGGCCGGAGUUCAUUGACCCGGCCGGCGGCUCUAACACAUCCUCACCGGCCCCGUCCGUCAAGCAGGAGCCGGGGGGCACUGUCGAUUACAUCAACAACCUCAGCUUGCUGGAAGAGACUGAAGAUUACCCAGAGCAGAAGCCUCUCUCCUUAUGCAAUGAUUACCAGUGCCAGGAGCAAAACUGCAUUCACCAGCACACACAUCAGCAUCAACAGCAGCACCAGGGUUCCCAGGUGCCGCACCAGCAACAGGUGCCGGUGCUGUCCUCCCCCGUCGGCUCGGCUUCCUCUGUGGCUGCCGCCGCACAGAGGAAGAGCAGCUCGUCCCGCCGCAAUGCCUGGGGAAAUAUGUCAUACGCCGACCUGAUCACCAAGGCCAUCGAGAGCUCUCCGGAGAAGCGGCUGACGCUGUCGCAGAUCUACGACUGGAUGGUGAAGAGUGUCCCUUACUUUAAAGACAAGGGGGACAGCAACAGUUCGGCCGGCUGGAAGAACUCCAUCCGGCACAACCUGUCGCUGCACAGCCGCUUCGUGCGCGUCCAGAACGAGGGCACGGGGAAGAGCUCCUGGUGGAUGCUGAACCCGGAGGGUGGCAAGAGCGGCAAGUCGCCCCGCCGGCGUGCUGCAUCCAUGGAUAACAACAGCAAGUUCGCCAAAAGCCGCGGGCGCGCCGCCAAGAAGAAGGUGUCCCACCAGGGCCGUGAUGGGGGCCCCGACAGCCCGGCUCCACCCUUCUCAAAGUGGCCUGGCAGUCCCAACUCGCACAGCGCCGAUGACUUCGAGGCGUGGACCGCCUUCCGGCCGCGCACCAGCUCCAACGCCAGCACGCUGAGCGGCCGCCUCUCGCCCUUCCUGGCUGAGCCGGACGAGGUGGCCGAUGGUGGCGAUGUGCAUCUGGGCUAUGCGGCCGGUCCCGGGCCCAAGAUGGGUGCCACGCUGCCCAGCCUGUCAGAGGUGACAGGCUCGCUGGGUCCCCAUGGCUCCGAGGACAUCAUGGAUAACCUGCUGGACAACCUCAACCUGGUGUCUCCCAAGGCACCGUCAGGGGUUGGGGUGGGCGCCAGCGGUGGUCCCACCCAUUCCUCUCCCUCGCCGAUGAUGCAGGCCGCUGCCUCUGGCUAUCCAGUCUACAGCACCCCCAGCAGGGCACCCCUGCCAACGCAGGACUACCGUAAGUGCCUGUAUGGCCAGGCGGCGGCGCUGGCGGAGCCCAAGCAGGCCUACGGCUCCUUCCUGAACCAGUACUGCUCACCGGGGCUCCUGAAGGAGCUGCUGGCUGCGGAUGCCGACCCCCGAAGUGGUGACCUCAUGCCGUCAGUGGAUACAGUGGUGACACAGCUAUCCGGCGGCAGCGCGGGGGGGCGUCUCCAUCCGGGCUACGGUGGCCAGGUACAGAACCCCCACCCUCACACUGUUCAUGGGCAGGGCCCCCCCACCUCAGUGGCCCUGAAUGGCCGUGGCCCCCACCCCCACCCUCACCCCCAUCCCCACCUGCUGGCCCAUGGGAAGCAACACACCCAGCUGGUCCACGCCCACACGGCGCCCCCUGCAGGCCUGCUGUCCAGCUACAGCGGCAUAAGCAGUAACGGCUACGGCCGUCCAAGCCUGCUGCCCCCCCACCACCAGCACCACCCACACGUGCACCCCCACCCCCACGAGAAGCUGCCCAGCGACCUGGAUGGCAUGUUCGUGGAGCGCUUCGAGUGCGACAUGGAGUCUGUGCUGCACGACGCGCUCAUGGACGGCGAGUCGCUGGAUUUCAACUUCGACGGCGUGGCGGCGCCACAGGGCUUCCCGCACGGCGUCAAGACCACCACGCACAGCUGGGUGUCGGGCUAGGGAGUGUGUCAGCUGUGUGUCCAUCAGCCGAACUCAAGACCAUACGUAGCUGGCCCUGUUAGAAUGAGCUUGGGCAGCUAUUGCGCCCCCUACAGUGUAGUGCUUAGUAAGGGGUCUGGCCCCCCGCUAUUCAUGUUCAGCUGGCUCUGGGAUUUGGCACACGCCCCUUUAACGCGCCUGCCCCUUUAACGCGCCUGCCCCUUUAACGCGCCUGCCCCUUUAACGCGCCUGCCCCUUUAACGUGCAAGUGCAACCAGAAGAAUAAAUAAGUCACGUGCAUCAGGAAGUGGAUCACGGUCCACAGUCUAAAUGCAUCUUUGUUCAAAACAGAAGGAAAAAUUCCUCCCAUCCUACUCCCGUCCGAUCUGGCAGCGGGAGAGACUUUCCCAUCAUGCAUGAUUCAGGCCACUUGAGAUAAAGCUGCCACCCACCCCCUCCCCACCCGGCAGCAUCACCAAGGGGUUUAUUUAUGCCACAGAGCACUUUUCGGCGUGCAACAAGUGCCUCUCCGAUAUCACGAGCUCAGCUGCAGAUGCACAGACACACACAGAUAGAUGCAGGGGUGCAGGUGGACAUGCGAUAACGGACACACACAGACACACACCAGCUCAAGGUCACUGCCUCAUUUUCUUAAUUGCGCUUCGUUCCGUGAUGCUCGUAUUUAUCGAUUUUUAACUGACAAAAGGUGUACAGCAUCCAGGAUAUUUUAUUUUUAUCAUGUACAGCGAGUUUAUGAAAUUGGAGUAAAAAAAAAAAAGUCCUUUCUUUUAGAAAACUGGAUUUGAUUUAAAGUUUAUACAGGAUUGAUGUUUGCUGUGACGUUUGAAGGUCCGUCACGCACACAGUGCAUAACUUGCUACAUUUACUGUAAAUAUGCGUAUAAUGAAUAUAUUUUUAAAUGGCAAAAAAUGUCAAAUUCUUAUUUACCUUUCUUUUGUCUGUAUUUAAUUUUGCAAUUCUGUAUAUAAUAUGUAUCCAUACUCAACGUCAUAACAGUCGGAGAGCAGUAGGUGGCGCAGCCAUUAAGGAGCCGGACUUGUGAACAGCAGAAGGGCUGAGAUGUUGCACUCUGUGGUGCUCAGAUAUCCGUGUUAUGCGAGUGCAAAUAUAAAAAUGUAUGUAAAUCGGGAGCCUGAAGUCAGUCUGUUCCACACGCCACACAGGCCCGUCAUGUGGCUGCUAGGUGGCCCUCGAUUGGCCCUGUGGUCCUAUCUGAGGGAGAUGUGUAUAUAUGAAUAUGCACUGUUUAUGGUUUUCUGCAAAGGUUUUGAAGAAGUGUUGGUUUGAUCAGGCCAGGUGCAGCUGGUUGGACGACGUACCUGUUCAUCAUCUGAAUUGGUUUUGAGGUGCGGGGUCGUGACCCUAGUUAGCCCCGCCCCCUGGCCCUUGCCCGGCGAAUCAUGGACUCCCUCUCAGAGCAGCUGCCCGACUAGUGACACAAAUCAGUGCAGACAGGUAGACAUGAGGACGGACUCCCCUUUUGCUCUCCACCACAUGGCCCACUCUUAGUGGUUCGGAGAUGGGGUGUCAUUUUAGGUAUAGCUCAGAGAAAUACUCCUUUUCCAUACUCCUGACUUUCAGGUGGGUGGCGUAGCGCUUACACAACGUGCAUUAUGGGAUGUGGGUGCAGGCGAGGGUAAUGCGAGGCUCGUAAUGGAUUUAAAAGUCCGACUCUUUGUCCUGAACAGAGAGGCAGCAGCAGCGUUUUCUGCCUGGUUCGCUAAAUACCGGAAAGUGUUACCUAAUCUAAUUGCAGCUUGUACAUCGCCUUUUUGAAGUGUUACUUUUGUUCGGUGUCUUUUUAUAAUUUUUUUUCUAAAUAACGCAUAACAUGUGAUGCUCCUUGAUAGGAAAGAAUCCGGUAAACAUAUCGGCACUUUGCGAUUCCAGUCCCCUCACCCAGGACAGACACGGAGCCACAGUGUGCCCCCCCCCCCCAACACACAUAACUUCUCAUUCAUUACUUGUAUGUAAACCAACAAGUUUUGAAGGGAUCAGUUACUGUUCGUAUCAGCUAAUAUUUCUGCUUGACACGUGAAUAUAGCCGUUUAUCUGGUUAUCCAUCAUGCCCUUGCAGGUUUAACAGUUUUUACUGUUAGGCAAAGCCCCGUUCUCUUGGGAACGAGAGAUUUAGUGUGAGAAUCUUAUAUCCCUAUAGAGUAAGACCCGCAUUAGCUGGUGGGUGGGUGGGGCUUGAGCGUGGGUGUGGCCAGUCAAUUAUAAUCAGCCAGUCAGCAGCAGGAAAUUACUGCAGUAAGCCAAUCAGAUCCAUGUUCUCAGAAAACUAUAAGUGAUUGUUAUUUUUGUGAAUUGUGAUUAUGGUCCAAACUAUGCAUUCUUGUUUUAAGCUUAUGUUGUACUACAGAAUCAUGGAUGUUUAAUGUCACAGAUCUUUUAAAAUCAUUAUAUGAGAAAAAGAUGAAGUAUUUAGAUUUGAGAUGAUGCCAUGAUUAAAUGUUCUGUGUUUUUUUUUUGGUUAACUGACACUGCUAUCUUUAUAUUUACGUUAGUUUACACAAAAUGACAGAUGAAGUUAAUGCUUUAUGUCAGUGAGAGGUGCUCAAGUUUCCUCCCUGCUGGACCAACUUUAAUCUUUUUAACAAGAAUUUUAGAUACUUCGCUUCUAUUCUGUACCUCUCCAUUGAUAGAGAGCAUUGAAGAAAGAAGUUUCUUAACCCAUGUAUGCAGAGUAAUUCUAGCUUUGCUAUCUGCCUGUAAAUUUGUUGGAGUACGGCUGUUCCUACAUGUGGUAUACGUACACAUUCCCCACGCGUGUACCAGGAUACCUCAGCAUCUUUGAUCGUGUUCGCUCCUUUUGGACCAAUUGGCACUCCGCGAAGAAGAAUGCCACUCCCCCGAGAGUGAUGCGAAAACUCGCCCGGGCGAUUCCACACAGAGGCUUUAGGACAUUCUGGAUCUUCGGAAGUGCCUGACAGAUUUCUCAGAACGGAGACUGUCACACUCACGGACGCACACACACUCCCAGAAAUGGUGUAAAAUGUGUGCUGGGAUCCCCAUUCCUGUCAUUGCUGUAUGCAGCUAUAUGUGUACAUAAAUGAUGUUAUAGAAAAUGUG